AUGCCGGCGUUUCGGCAUCCAUUGGUAUUGCUAGCAACGAUCGAUAGUGCGAUUGGACAAUUGAAAAAAUGGUUGCGGCCAAUCAGCCUACUUGCGGUUCCUCUACGUCCAAUGAGAUGAGCAGAACAUUUAUACACAGUUGGACUGUACCUGAUAGUUGAGUGGCAUUUUUUUGUUUCUUACUGCACUGUCUGUGUUGAUGUUCAGCGUAUCAAUUUGUUGACGAUCACCGAAGGUCAGCAGUUCGUUGUAGCUUCAAAUGGUGCAGUUAGUAAUUCACAGUUUGUUGCACUGUCAGAUUCAGAUGGGGGUGGAGAUGCACCGAAAUCAUUUAUAUUACUGCCUGGGACACAGCAGGCUAUUCAGUUGAACGGUGCUACUUUGCAGGUUCUUCAAAGUGGUCCAAGCAUUCCUAUCGUUAAUGUUAACGGGUCGUAUGUUCUAGCAUCUGGCAAUGGUGUUGAUAAUCAACCCUCAACUUCUUCUGCCUCACAUUAUGUGUUUACAGAUGGAAAGGAGUUGGAUCUCGCAACAGUUCUACAAGCGUUUAAUCCGUCAUCUCCCUUCUCACCACAGCAAUGCGUGCUUCAAGUUGCGCAGCCUGCUUCUACAGUUGCUUCUGCUCAUCCUGAAGAGCCAUUGUAUGUAAAUGCAAAACAGUACAAAAGGAUUAUGAGAAGGCGAGAAAUUCGUGCCAAGUUGGAACAAGAGGGAAGGGUCGCAAAAACUCGUAAGAAGUACCUUCAUGAAAGUCGACAUCGGCAUGCUCUUACCCGACUACGCGGAGAAGGUGGGAAGUUUGACAAGGGAGCUGGUAAAGAGGGAAAUAAGAAGUCUAUUGAUAUUGUCAAUCAAAUCCGCACAAUAUUUCGGCCUGCUUGGAUGGAUCGUACUCUUGCUCCGGCGCUGCUCCCUCCCCCACCACCUAGUCGAGAUGGUCAACAAGAAGUUGUAUGA